AGAAGAAAACCCAACCACAGACCCCUUGCUCCUUCAGUCCCACGCGUGAACUGUGCCACGGACCGAGACGAGGAACGUACACUCUCGUUUCAGCUUAUGUCACCCUCAGUAAUCGGUUUAGUUUUCUCGAAGUGAAGGUCUAAGCACUGCCAUUCGAUCUUCUGGUGCAGUUGUAGUAUACGCUGUCUCUGAAUAUCGUAAGAAUCCGUCAAAGAAUUGGAGAUUUUCAACACUCAAGGUGAACGACAGGUAGAAGCAACAGCAGCAGCAACAGCAUCAACUAACUGAACCACCUGCUGUUAGGAGGUGUGGCGAUGAAUCCCCCAUCUGCAUCCGCAUUCGGCGGAAGCAGUCUCUAAUUUGUCGUCUUAUCAUUCAGCAGGUCUUCGGUUCACUUCAAAAUGCCUGAAAAUCUGUCGAAGCCAGAUGUAGUCCGACUCACCCCCGGACCCGAGAAGGAGAAGUCGUUCAAUGUGGGAGCAGAAUGCAACUGUCUAGUAGAGUCAUCACCCCAAGUUGUUGAUAAACCCAGAAACCGAUCAGGCGGUCGUACUAACCAGGUCUCUGCUAUUGAGAGUUGGUUGUACCUUUCGGGAGCAAGAGCUGUCAAGCCAUCGAGACUGAAAGAACUGGGCAUCACCUGCGUCGUCGACUGCACUAUCGAACUGCCCAACUUACCUCUAGACGGCAUCGAGCUGGUGAAGGUGUUAGUAUCCGACACCCCGAGCUCGUCUCUGAACGACCACUUCGACUUAGUCGCAGACAAAAUCGAGGAGGUGAGACGUCGCAAGGGACGAGUCUUGGUCCACUGCAUCGCUGGGGUGAGUCGCUCCCCGGCUCUGGUGCUGGCAUACCUCGUCAAGCAUCGAGGCAUGAGCCUUCGGCAGGCAUUCCUCCAUGUCAGGAGUAUCAGGCCCAACGUGCGACCCAACGCAGGAUUCUUCAAGCAGCUCAUCGAGUUCGAGAGACGCGCCAGAGGGAGCACGAGCGUGACCCUCGUGCACGACGCUGCCCUCGGCCUCACCAUUCCGGACGUGUGCGAGGACGAGCUGAGAAUCCUGAAGGACACGAGGUGGGCGAGACUCAUCCACGAAAGGAGGAACUUCCAGAGACUUUAUGCCUGAGGGAGCCAUUCCUCUGCGCCUCUCACCUCUCCCUUCCGCUGUCCUUUAAGUCUUAGGAUUGACCAUUCUGUUCUGAUCUCAGUAUCUUUAAUGUCUUUGUUACUUUCUCUUAUGUCAGGGACAUAAUGGGAAUGUCUGGUUGAUCCAGCAGUGUUUUCUAGGUUAGGCACGACCAAGAAACCUUACUAUAAUUCUUUAGGACUAUUUCUCACAUUACUUGUAAGGAAAGUUUUCUAGAGCAUCUCUAUAGGAGAGAUUUUACUUUACUAACUCUCCCGGAAUUUCCAUAUAUAUAUAUAUAUAUAUAUAUAUAUAUAUAUAUAUAUAUAUAUAUAUA